UGCCUUAGAUGUAUAAGCAUUGAAUAUUGAUUGAUAUCGUGUGGGAUUAAUGGAGUUGAAGGUCUGGGUCGAGGGGAUACAAAGGAUUGUGUGCGGGGUCACAGAGACCACUACUUGCCAGGAUGUAGUGUUUGCAUUAGCCCAUGCUACAGGCAAAGUGGGCAGGUUCACACUGAUCGAGCGAUGGCGAAAUAAUGAAAGACUGCUGGCUCCUCAAGAGUACCCUCUUAAGAUCCUAAUAAAGUGGGGCGAAUAUUCAAAUGAUAUUCAGUUUAUAUUGAGAAGAUCGGAUUCUGGGAGCAAUAAUUCAAAGCCUACCCAAGCUACAAAUAACUCUAGAUCAACAACAGGCAAUGGGAGCCAGAUCACGUCAAAUCCAAACAUAUUGGAGAGUCAAGGUUCACCAAAUCGAAUGAAUGCAACACCUACACACAAUAAUAAUAACAACAAUUCACCUGCUGGCAACCCUGUAGGAGUUGUGAAAGGAGUACAGCAAGCAAAGACUCCUGAGUCAGACAGCCCAGUUAUGAAAGAUGUCCCACCUUACAGAGAACCACCACCACCCUAUCGCUCUCCUCCGCCGCCUGCGACCGCGCAAAUCGCAAGGAAAUCACCAAACCGCACGCGCGGUUCUCGUUCCGCUCACAUGUCACCUGUUAACCUACCAGAUGAACAUUUGGAGAGGAGUCCCGAGGCAGUCACCUACAACAGCCAGUAUAGAGAGCUGGUUUCUCUCGUCAACUAUCAGAGAGAGAAGUUAUCUAGCCAGCAAGUUGAUCUCAUUAAGUACGAUGCUGAGAUUGGAUACUGGGAGAACAAGAGUCGCGAGCAAGAGAGGCAGGUGGAGCUAUUACAGCAGCAAAUCAGUUCUGCUGACAAUCAGCUGCGUAUCAGCACUGAACAGGUGCAAGCACUAUCCUAUGUAGAAGAGGAGAGUGAAAUAGUGAGACAGAACGAAAAGACUCUUAGGUCGGAGAUAGUACUGGUGCGAUCGAAAUUGGCCAAUUGUGAGACAGAGUUGUUGCAGUGCAAAAACAAGAUACGUAAGCUUAUGGAGGAGAUACAUAACGCACAGCGGCUUAUUAAUACAAGACAUCAGGAGAAUAGGCAAGCCCUGGAAAGGUCGAUGCUCGGCGAAAUGGAGAAUCUACAGAGUCAAAUACAGCAAGCCAAACAUGCCACUGAAAUUAACCACCUUACUGCUGAAAAUUUAAAACGAGAGGUGGGUAUCCUGGAGACCGCGAUAAUGGAGAAGAAGCGCCAAGUCGAACGCCUUGUUCAAGAAAUGAAGGAAGCCAACCUUCAAAGUCUCACGGGCAGUGUGGACGAAUUGCGGCAUCCUCUUGAUGGUCUAUGUAAAGCAGGCAGCGCUCGACGAAUCAUUGGAUCACCGCGGCAGCUAGAAAACGCCGCACCGACUAACAAAAAUCCACACGGAGUGUGGGUGUGACUGCAUAUACGUACGUACAAUAAACAACGCCACCAUAAAGUUCCGGCACAUUUCGUUUAGGACGAAACGGAUACCAGAGUUGUAACUUGUACUUAGUGAAAUGAUAACUGUGGUACUGCUUCGUUAGCCUGCGUCCUAUGUGUGGCAGUAUCUAGCAUUUUCACUUACUAAUCUCACUUAGAAUAAUCUACUACGAGUAUAUUAGAUUUGUGUUCAAAUUAGUGUCAUAUUUUAAUUACGGUCACAAAUUAAGAUUUUCAGUGUGUUAUUUUUUAGAAUUACUGAAUGUUUAACUUAAUAAGUUACAAUGAUAUUUUUUUACUUUAUUCAAAGUAUUAUUACGUCUUGCCGUAUUUUUAUGUAGUUUAAUUUUUACAUUUUUAAAUAAAAAUGAAUUUGAAUUUGUAAAGGUCAGUUUGCAUUGGCUGCGCGACGUAACCAAUUUGUACAUUUUUUUACUACUAAAGUUGCAUUAAACUAUUGUUGCGUUGUCCGCCAGUGUGAGCUAACGUUAAAGUCAAAGAUAGAGUUAUAAUAAAAAUAGUACAUGCAAUUUUUCAUGUGUCGACAUUUAGCCUAGCGCUACAUCUCCUACAGCCACAUGGGACUUGUCAACUUAUGUCUCAGGCUGACGGGCUCAGUGGCAGUGCCCCUCAAAUCUUUGCGAUUUAAAGCUCGCAGUGGCACUGCAACUCUGAGUGGACAAGCGUGUCCCUUACUAAAAGGCGUACGACUUGUUCGUCCAGUUGUUUGAUGUCACUAAAAAAGAACCUGUCGAAAGUUUCGGUACAUAAUUUCGGUGCUGUACAUCUC